AUGGAAGCGUUGCAAGUGUACACCGACCCCACCAAAAUCCACGAGCACGUCCUCCAAAUCCACCUCGUGGCAAUAGACCGUGCCCUCGAGAACCUCGCUACACCGUUCUACAUCUUCGGUGCGAACAUUGCGCCUCACAGCCAUACCUCAGGCGAGGGUUCGCUGAAGAUCAAGGAAGAGGGGGGGAUAGGACAGUUGAUCAUUGAGUUUAAUUGUAUAACGCAGUGUGGGACGUUGGUGCUUUUGAUUGAGAGGAUGGAGCUGGGGGUUGAGGAGAAGGAGAAGGUGCCGGUGCACGUAAAGGAUGGGUAUAGGCAUUUUGAGCAGUGGGCGGAGGUGUUGAAGGGUGUUGCGAAUGGGAGGAUUGAGAUGGAUGAGAUUAUGUGCUUCCUAGGAGGGAGAGGGGAACCAUGA